AUGGAGUCCGUUCUUGCAAAGCUCGCACAGCUGAUGGGGGCCAAGUCCAGCAACCUCAUAGACUUGUCAAGCGACACGGCCUUUCUCCGAGAUGAGCUCUGCACCAUAAACGCUCUCCUCAAGAAGCUGGACAGUGAAGAUGAGCUCGACCCACAGGUGAAGGAUUGGAGCAACCAAGUCAGGGAGCUGCGGUACGACAUCGAGGAUUGUCUUGACGCUUUUGCUCUCCGGGUUGGCAGCGCCGAUGCCAAGGCUGGGUUCACCGAGAGGAUUUCUCACUUCAUCGGUGCGUUGAGGGUCCGCCUUGAGGCUGCCAGACAGAUCAAGAAGCUCAAGACUCGCCUACAAGAUAUCGAUGAACGGCGUAAGAGGUACAGGCUUGAAGAUUGCAUCUCUAGUUCUCAUUCUACGGCUAUUGAUCCUCGAUUGCCGGCGCUCUACAAGGAGGCAGCCAAUCUUGUGGGUGUUGAUGGUCCCAGGGAUGACCUCUUCAGAUGGGUAAUGGACGAAAAGAAACAGCUGAAAGGGGUGGCUAUAGUAGGAUUUGGAGGCUUAGGAAAGACAACACUUGCAAAUGAGGUUUAUCGUAAGGUUAAGGGCCAAUUUGACUAUCAUGCGUUUGUUUCAGUUUCCCAGAGACCUGACAUGCCAAGGCUUCUCAACAGCAUAAGAUCAAAACUUGGUCAGCAAGAGUCUUCUUGCCCUUGCGAUGUCGAAGAACUCAUUGACGAUGUUAGAGAAUACCUACAACACAAGAGGUACUUAGUAGUAAUUGAUGAUUUGUGGGAUACAAUAUCAUGGGAUACUAUCAAAUGUGCCUUUCCAGAAAAUAAUCUCAGAAGCAGAUUUAUUGUAACCACACGGAUUGAGAGUGUUGCCAGGAUCUGCUGCACUCACCAGGAAUGCUUGUACAGAUUGAAACCCCUCAAUGACCAUGACUCAAGAAGAUUACUGUUUAGCAGAACAUUCAGCCCCAAUCGUGAUUGUCCUUCACAACUCAAGGAGGUUUCAGCUGUAAUUUUGAAGAAAUGCGGCGGUCUGCCGCUUGCAAUAAUUACAGUUGCAAGUCUAUUAGCCAAUCUACCAACUAGUGAAAAGGAAGACUGGGAGAAGAUAAAAAAUUCACUAGGCUCUGAGUAUGGGACAGACCUCACGUUGGCAGCGAUGAGACAAAUUUUAAGCCUCAGUUACAAGAAUCUUCCUCAUCAACUCAAGACAUGUUUCCUGUAUCUAGGUAUAUAUCCAGAGGACUACAUAAUUCAAAGGGAUGAUUUGGUUCGACAAUGGGUCGCAGAAGGUCUUGUGAGUAAUUCUGGUAGGCAAGAUGCAGAGGAUUUGGCGAAGAAUUACUUCAAUGAGCUUGUAAACAGAAGCAUGAUUCAACCUGAAGAGACUGACUAUAAUGGAGAGGUAUUGUCUUGUCGAGUGCAUGAUAUGAUGCUCGAUUUGAUCCUUAGCAAAUGCACAGAGGACAAUUUUAUCACUGUGGUAUACCAUUCUCAGGGCAUGAGAGAGCCACAUAACAGCAAGAUCCGUCGACUCUCCCUCAACCUGAUUGGUGCAGAAGGUGUCUCAGUUUCAGCUGUUAAGGUUAUUGGAAGCCAACCGCAAAUUCGAUCUCUUGCCUUGUUUGGUAACACUACUUGUAUGCCUGCGUGUGCACAUCUUUUGCCAGAGUCAAAAUUUCUCCGAGUUCUUGUCCUUGAGCUCGGGGAGUUCAAUGGCAAGCACCGGCGUGAGGAAGAAGGCAUCGACCUGACAGGCAUAAGUCAGCUAGUUCUGUUGAGAUAUUUGAAGGUAGAGGCAAGGAGCAGUCGUGUUAAGUUACCCACGGAGAUCCAAGGGUUAUGCCAUCUGGAGACACUGGAAAUGCGUUGCGGAUUUUUUGGUAGUCUUCCAUCAGAUGUUUUUCAUCUACCAGCCCUAUUGCAUCUCAGUGUCCCAUCAUCACAAUAUGGGUUUCCUGAUGGCAUUGGUUACGCAAAAUCCCUGUGCACUCUGAAGUACUUUGGUUUGAUGAAGAACUCAUUGGAGAACAUUCACAGCCUAGGAGAGCUCACAAACCUGAGGAAUCUGAAGAUAUGUUGUUUUCAGAAAUUCUUGCUGGACACUGCAAUUGGAAGGUCAUCAAUGGAUGCACUGUGUUCAUCCCUUGCAAAACUUGGUGGCUACAACCUGAGACGUUUAUCCAUGGUAGGAUAUCCUGAAAUCUAUGCUGACAUUCUGAGUUCACUGGCACCUCCUCCACACCGUCUGGAGGAACUUGAUCUGUUAGCAUGGUAUUUCACCAGGAUUCCUAGGUGGCUUGCUGAGCUCCAUAACCUCUCCUACUUGGAGCUUUCUGUAACUGAGGCGAUGGAGGAGGAUCUUGGUAUCCUCGGGAAGCUGCCCUCACUCAUGCACCUCCAAUUUCAAAUCCAACAAGCCCCUACAGAAAAGAUCGUCAUACAUGGCGGCAUGGGACUUCUGUUCCCAAUCCUUGUUAAUUUUCAGUUCAAGUGCCAACGGAGAAUGUCCCUGCAGCUCUUGAUUUUUGAGGUAGGAGCCAUGCCCAACUUGCGACGACUUGAGGCAGAAACCAGCGUGGCAUUGCUUAAAUAUGAGGGUUGCAAGCAUGUCGGAAUGGAGCACCUUCUAGGCCUCAAAGAGAUAUGUGUAUCCAUGUUACAUGGCCCGUGCUCAGAAUCUGAAAUAAUAGCUGCAGAGUGCACCCUCAGAAACAUCGCUCGAGCUCACCCGAACCAUCCUACCAUUACAAUAAUCUAA